GAAUGGGGAAAAGUGUCUGAUAGACCUACUUAUUCUAACUGGAAUAUAGGAGGCGAUGCUAUCCAGUUUGACUGUAGCGCAGCGCUUCUGAUCUGAAGAACGUGCCCAUACAUUUCCCAGACUGCAGCAGUAACAACAGGAAGUGUACCGCUUGGCUAAGGAGUUUAUCGCUAAGUGACCGAUUCACCUGAUUUCCGUAGCAUUUAAAUAGCUAACCUUGUUGAUCCGCUAGCUGUAACGAUAGCUAGCUAAUAUCUGACUGACAACUGCCCAACUACACCAUUCCGAUUAAGCGUGCUUGGAAGGAAAGUGUACCUUUUCAAACAGGGAUGACGUGUUCAUUAGAAAAUGUAUUGUCAGACGCCAAGUCGCUGGUGGAAAGACUCCGCAACCAUGACAAUGCAGCGGAGGUACUUAUCGAACAGACAACGUCCCUUAACAAGAGGGUGGAGGCCAUGAAACAGUAUCAGGAGGAGAUUGAGUCGCUGAACCAGGUGGCCCGGCAUCGGCCCCGUUCCAGUCUCGUCAUGGGCAUCCAGCAGGAAAACCGGCAGAUCCGUGACCUACAGCAGGAAAACAAAGAGUUGAGAACAUCCCUGGAGGAACACCAGUCGGCCAUAGAGCUCAUCAUGACUAAAUACAGGGAACAGGUCUUCAGACUCCUCAUGGCCAGUAAGAAGGACGACCCAGCCAUCGUCACCCAAUUAAAGGAGCAGCACACCACUGAAAUGCAAGCACACAUAGACAAGAUCAAUGAGAUGGCUACGGUGAUGAGGAAGGCUAUCGAAGUGGAUGAGGGGAGGUUGUGUGAAGACGAGGAGAGGAUUAAGCAACUAGAGCUGGAGAACAGUGGUCUUCGUGAGCUGCUAGGGAUCAGUCGAGAGGCCUUCCUAGUUCUGACGAGAGAGGAGGCCUCGGAUAGCACAUCCCUGUCUGCCCUGUUGACCAGCGCUGACAUCAGCCUCCGGAAGAGUUAGGCCCACACCAGCACUAGCUUGGAGUGUGUGUGUGUGUGUGUAUAUAUGCCCCCCCGCUGCCACCUUGUACAGCCCAUGCCCCCCAAUCACCUACAGCCACACAAACUCCCAGAGGGCACUCAACAAUGAACGAAGCCCCAGGUCAUACUGCCGCCCACCUGUCACACUACAAUGGAGAUAUACAUUAGGAAGCCUCUUGAGACAAAUGGGAAAAUCCUCCAGCAGUUUAGUCUGUCAUGCAGUUUUUGUGUUGGCAUGCAUUGUGCUAUCUGAUGAGCCUGUGGGGUUUUAAAGUGUGAAAGUGCUGCUGUUGAAUGACAAUAAAACACUUGAAAGAAACAUGUUAAAGUUUGGCUAGUGCCCUCUAGCUGAAACCCAGUGGUGAAAAUACUGUAUGUGUGAACAGGACUCGUUUGAAUGCACAACUUACUGUAUGUAGACUAAAUUGGACCUAAUGGUUGCACCAUGAUACAUUACAAUGUAACUGAUGACACAUUUUGGGAACAGAGGAGCAGAGAAAUGAACAAGCGAUUUUUAGGAAAAACAAUUUAUCAAAUAAUUUCUCACACAACAAAACAGAAACACAGACAAACAGCCCAUUUUAAAACAUGACAAGGUAAGUACCUAAGAGCUGUAGUGAAAAAUACUGAAAGGCAACCUUAACCUUUAAGAAAGCUUCAUCAGUAAUCUUAGUGCAUAGAAGCAUUUCCUAGUGAGGCAUUUCAACAGAAUGGCUAUAACUUUACAAUGUCGGCCUCACCCCUGUGUGUUUUGGUUUGGAAACUGAGAAAAGUAGAAAUGGCCAUUUCUACUUGCAUUUCAAUCUUUCAUCCUUGACACUAAUCCUAAUCUGAAUCCUGUCAGGUGAUAAAAGAUCAAUACAUUUUAAUUCAACAUCCUGUCGUGGCGAGGAUUUACAAAAUCACUGGUGGGAUAUUACACUGCAUCUGAGGAUACCUUGUUUUGCACAAGAGGAAAGAAUCUCAAAUGAUCCACUUAAGCUUCAAUAUUACAUUUGGAGGAAAAACUGACAUUGUUCAUGGAAUGUAUUAAUAAACCAUGUCAUGUGACUCUGCAGGCAAACUCCUUAUACACAUCAUUAAUGCCUCAAGCCAGCUUUUCAUACCAAAGCACAUACUGGGUGGGUAAUGAGAGAGAAAGAACCUAAAGAAAAGUCCCAGAAGACAUAUUGGACUCCCUUAAAAUCAGUGUUUCCCCUAGGUUCAAUUAGCGGUGGCCCACCGCUGCAAUAAAUUACCGAGGCAUGCUUUUAAAGGGAUAGUCAUUGGCUCAAAUGAUUGGAUGUCUAUGGGAACAGCUGGCAGGACAUUGUGCUUACAAUAUCUAGCAAUGCAGCUACCCUUGCACCACUGCUAAAAAAAAGUCAUAGGGGAAACACAGGAAAUGCUUUACCAAACGAAAGCUGGCAAGAGAGAACAUAAACAGCAGGCCCACUUUAAUGAAGCGUUAGGCCACCUGACAGAGAAAUAGAGGCUGUGGCACUUGUCGUUUGCUCUUCCUGCUACUGCUUAACACUUCAGGAAAUACUACUCACCAUUUCCUAUAAACAUCAGUGUUCAGGAUCCACCUAAACCUACCACUUGUGGUUUAUGAUUUUAGAGUGCUAUGUCCAUGAAAUCAAGAGAGGAUACAUUUUAGGCUGCAAGUUCCCACUCAUACCUCUAAUAGUGUUUGAUUCAACAACUAUGUUUCACAAAAAGGGCCCCCAAAACACAUUUCAAUAUAACAGCUCUCAUAUUUCUUAAAAAUGUAAUUGUUCAUAUUUGUAGAAAGCAAAGAAAAAAAGUGGCCUCUAAAUACAGUUUUACAAAACAUGGUGUAAAAGUGACCGUUUGCAUUUGAAAAUGUUGACAAAACAUUAAAAACAAUUUACAUCCAUUGGAGCCUAAAUGGGCAUACCCAGAACUCCGACAGUGGUGUCAUACCCAUUAAAACUGGGGGGGACAUAUGCCCUCCAAUUUCAUUGAGUGUUAUUAAGAUAAACAAAGUAUACUUACUUUUACACAAAAUGAAUACCUACCUACCAAAUGUUGCUGUCAAAGCCACCUCAAAAUGACUGGCUGCAUGAUGCAUCUCCAUCUUAAGGUUCCAAAUGUUUUCUUGUGCUAUUCAGUGGUACUAAAACACAUAUGUUGCCCAUACUGGUAUGCUGUAACCCUAGUUGUUUAAAGGCACUGUGAUGUACUAGGAGAGAGGGUGCCCAACUAUUUUGGCACAAUAUUAUGUGGCAGCGGUAACAGCUUCCUCAGUACCGUCUAAGAAAAUGCAGCCAAAUAC